AUGUCUGACAGGACAAAGACCUCCGACUUCACAACGACCAGCACAAUUCUAGUUGGUUCCGAUCUCACACCCUUCCAAAUUCACACUAGCCUCCUUACAUCGAAAUCCUCCUACUUCCGCGCCGCACUCAACGGCCCGUUGGUAUUCAUAGAAUCAGAAACCAACAGUAUAACACUUGACGAUGUCUCCGUUGAGCACUUCCAAAUCCUCGUCACCUGGCUCUACACCUCCAUUCUAUCCACGCCUUUCAAAGACGAAAAACCAGCAUACUAUACUCUCCUCCAUGUCUACGCUCUGGCCGAUCGACUAGCUCUAGAAGGCGCCAGGAAUGCUGUCGUGGACGUGAUUAGCGAUCUAGCUGAUGAGACGAAUAGCGUUCUGACGCCUUGUGAUACUCGUAUUCUGUACGAAGAAAUUCGUGAUUCGUCACCUUUACGCACCCUCGUUCUCGAUCUCUUCGCGUUCAAGAAAACAGAUCGAUUGAUAGACUCGCAUGGGGAUUGGUGGCACGAAGACUUUCUUCGCGAUCUGACUGUGCAUUUGAAGAGGCCAUGUUUGGGGCGGUGGCUUGUGAAGACUGUUGUGUAG